AUGAAGAAGGUGUGGACUCGUCUCCAUGAUGCAGCUGCAAGCGGGAACAUAGAAGUCAUGCAAUAUCUCAUUCAACGAGGUCAUGGUACAAACCGAUAUGAUGACAGGGGUUGCACACCACUCACUGCUGCAAUUAAAUAUGGUCAACUAACAGCUGUCAGAUAUCUCAUGACUAAAGGAGCAAAACAGAACAGAUAUAAUGGAUCAACCCCACUUCAUGAUGCAGCAUAUUAUGGUCAUUUAGAUAUCGUCGAAUUCUUGAUGUCCAAAGGAGCUGAUGUGGACGAAGAAAAUGACGACGGAAUGAUUCCUCUCCACGAUGCAGCUUCUGCAGGCCAAUUGAAGGUCAUGGAAUAUCUCAUUCAGCGAGGGUCUGAUGUUAACAAGGCAGAUGCCGACGGCUGGACACCUUUCAAUGCUGCAAUCCAAGAGGGUCAUCUAAAAGCUGUCAGAUAUCUCAUGACUCAAGGAGCAAAACAGAACAGAUAUAAUGGAUCAACCCCACUUUAUUGGGCAUCAUCUUGUGGUCAUCUAGAUAUCGUCAAGUUCUUGAUGUCCGAAGGAGCUGAUGUGGACGAAGAAGAUGACGACGGAAAGAUUCCUCUCCACGAUGCAGCUGGUGGAGGCCACUUGAAGGUCAUGGAAUAUCUCAUUCAGCGAGGGUCUGAUGUUAACAAGGCAGAUGCCGAGGACUUGACUGCAUUCCAUGCUACAAUCCUAGAGGGUCAUCCCAAAGUUGUCAGAUAUCUCAUGACUCAAGGAGCAAAACAGAACAGACAUGAUGGAUUAACCCCACUUUAUGGGGCAGCAUCUUGUGGUCAUCUAGAUAUCGUCAAAUUCUUGAUGUCCGAAGGAGCUGAUGUGAACGAAGAACAUGACGACGGAACGAUUCCUCUCCACGGUGCAGCUUUUGGAGGCCACUUGAAGGUCAUGGAAUAUCUCAUUCAGCGAGGGUCUGAUGUUAACAAGGCAGAUGCCGACGGCUGGACACCAUUCAAUGCUGCAGUCCAAGAGGGUGAUCUCAAAGCUGUCAGAUAUCUCAUGACUCAAGGAGCAAAACAGAACAGAUAUAAUGGAUCAACCCCACUUCAUGAAGCAGCAUCUUGUGGUCAUUUAGAUAUCGUCAAAUUCUUGAUGUCCGAAGGAGCUGAUGUGAACGAAGAACAUGACGACGGAGCGAUUCCUCUCCACGCUGCAGCUUUUGGAGGCCACUUGAAGGUCAUGGAAUAUCUCAUUCAGCGAGGGUCUGAUGUUAACAAGGCAGAUGCCGACGGCUGGACACCUUUUAAUGCUGCAAUCCAAGAGGGUCAUCUAAAAGAUGUCAGAUAUCUCAUGACUCAAGGAGCAAAACAGAACAGAUAUGAUGGAUCAACCCCACUUUAUUGGGCAGCAUAUUGUGGUCAUUUAGAUAUCGUCAAAUUCUUGAUGUCCGAAGGAGCUGAUGUGGACGAAGAAGAUGACGACGGAAAGAUUCCUCUCCACGGUGCAGCUUUUGAAGGCCACUUGAAUGUCAUGGAGUAUCUCAUUCAGCGAGGGUCUGAUGUUAACAAGGCAGAUGCCGACGGUUGGACACCAUUCAAUGCUGCAAUCCAAGAUGGUCAUCUAAAAGCUGUCAGAUAUCUCAUGGCUCAAGGAGCAAAACAGAACAGAUAUAAUGGAUCAACCCCACUUUAUUGGGCAGCAUCUUGUGGUCAUUUAGAUAUCGUCAAGUUCUUGAUGUCCGAAGGAGCUGAUGUGAACAAGGAAAGUGACGACGGAAUGAUUCCUCUCCACGGUGCAGCUUUUGAAGGCCACUUGAAUGUCAUGGAGUAUCUCAUUCAGCGAGGGACUGAUGUUAACAAGGCAGAUGCCGAGGGCUGGACACCACUCAAUGCUGCAAUCCAAUAUAGUCAUCUAACAGCUGCACAAAAAGGACACCAAGGCAUAGUCGAUUUCCUUACACCGAUUGAAGUAGACAUGAACUUGAAAUAUAUAAAUGGUUAUACGCCGCUCCAGGCAGCAGCGUACACAGGCCAUCCACGUGUAAUAGGAGGCAUCUCAACACGUAGGGAUGACCCAGGUAAGGGAGAAACAGGAGAUCCACAACUUGAAGACCACCAUAAUCUAAUAACAAGAAGAUAUAUGACGGUAUUACUGGAGGAUGCAGACACGCAUUCACGUACAGGAAAUUUAGCAUCCCAGGAAUCUCCUUCACCCUGUCCGAUGAAUGCUGGAAAUGAUCUAUCAAUCAACGAACCAUCAGAGAUUGAGAGCUUCCCUAAACACCCAUCAGAUGUCGUUCACCAAAAGUUGUAUGACGGAAACCCUGUCUCUACCUAUGGAACCUCCUCAAACCCAGUUCGGAAAAUCAGGACCAAGCGUCUAACAUCAGUUGACCGUUGUUCUUCAAUCCUGGGCCUCGUACAAACUUUCCUGCAGAUGAUCAUCUCAUGGGCCAUCAUUCUUGCUGGAAGUCCGGUUCUUGUAGCAGGCAUUGAUACCUCCGAACGGGUCACGCUACAAGCAGCAUAUUACGGUCAUUUAGACAUCGUAGAGUUCUUGAGAUCUCAGGGGAUAGAUGUGAACAAAGAAAACAAAAUAUGGCGAAUUCCACUCCAUGCUGCGGCUGCUAAUGGUCAUCUCGAUGUCACAAAGUACCUUAUUCAAGUCGGAUCUGAUAUUAAUAAAGAGGAUGAGAAAGGGUGGACACCAAUCCACACUGCGAUUCAAUACGGCCACGUGGAUGUCGUCGAGUAUCUCCUCUCCAAAGGAGGUAUCCCGACCAAAUAUUCCGGAAUGACCCCUCUCUACAUGGCGGCCCAAUAUGGUCAAUUAGAAGUAGUCAACUUCCUUAUUUCAAAGGGAUCUAAUGUAAAUGAAGAAUAUAUGAUAGGUCAGAUACCUCUUCACGCUGCGUGUACUAAUGGUCAUUUGGAAAUCAUCCACUCCCUCAUUUUAAACGGAUCGGACGUAAACAAGACAGACCACAGUGGCGCUACACCAUUACAUUCUGCAGUACACUGUGGCCACAUGGACAUCGUCAAGCAUCUGGUAACAAAAGGAGUUCACAAGAACAAGUUUGAGGGUAUGAACACCCUAUAUAUGGCAGCAUCUUACGGCCAUCUCGACAUCAUCAAAUUAUUUGUUUCACAUGGUUUUGAUGUGAACGAAGAAGAUAGUAAAGGUCGGAUUCCUCUCCACGCCGCGACUGCUAACGGCCACACUGCAGUCACCAGAUAUCUAACUGAACUUGGAUCUAACGUUAAUAAAAACGAUGGAAACGGUCGAAGUCCUUUCCAAGAAGCCAUUCAACGUGGCCACCUCGAAGUCGUCAAAUAUCUCCUAACACAAAGAGUUCACAAGAUUAAGGUUGAGGGUAUGAAGCCCCCAUAUAUGGCAGCACAUUACCGCCAUCUCAACAUCGUCAAAUUCUUUGUUUCACAUGGACUUGAUGUGAACGAAGAAAAUGGUAAAGGUCAGAUUCCACUCCACGCCGCGACUGAUAACGGUCACACUGAAGUCACCAGAUACCUCACUGAAGUGGGAUCUAACGUCAACAAGAAUGACAACAAUGGUUGGACAUCGUCCCUUAAACGCAACAUGGCGGCACCUACCUUUCCACUUCCAAUUAGGAGGCAACCAAGUGUACGUCGAACCAAGAAAAACGCUCAUCUCUCUUCACCCCGGACUGAUGGAAGGGAGCUACUGAUGGAAGAAAAUUUUAUAAAGAGGUAG